UGCUUAAUUGGAAACAUCAUUGAAAUCGGAAACUUGUAGUCCAAAAAGUAUUCUGAUAAAAACAUGAAAACUGAAAAUAUGUUAUUCAUUGUUUUGCUCAGUGUAUUGUUUCUACUAGUUCGAGCACGAGCGGAUAUCAAACGAGAUUGUCGGCAACAAACGAAUGUUUCUUGGGCAUCCUUAAAACGAUUGAAGGCCGGCAACGUUGAAGAAAAUGAUAUAAAAUUAAAAUGUUACUUGAGAUGCUUUAUGAUGAAGAGUGGUAUUCUUAGCGAAAAUAACAAUGUAGAUAUCGAGAAGGCUGUACGUCAUCUUCCGCGUAGUAUGCAAGAAUCGUCGAGAGAAAUUCUUAAUCGGUGUAAAUCGAUUCCAACGGAAAAUGUUUGCGACAAAGCUUUUCAAAUAGCUAAAUGUUACGUUAAAGCACAACCAGAAAUUUUAAAAAGCGUAUCAUUUGUUUAAAAAUGAUUGCUUUGCGUUUACACAUAAAGCACUACAUUGAGAAAUAUAAAUAGUAAUAAUAUCCGAAG